AUGGCUGCAGCAGAGACAGCUCUGCCCUCCAUCAGCACACUGACUGCCCUGGGCCCCUUCCAGGACACACCGGACUUUCUCAAGUGGUGGCGCCCCGAGGAGGAGCAAGACCUGGGCCCAGGACCCCCUGGACCCCCGGGGUUGCCCCUUCACGUGAAGCCGGAGCCAGAGGAUGUUCCCAAGGAGGAUGAGAACCACAGGGAUGAGGUCGUGGCCUGGGACCUGGAUCUCCUCCUCACCAACUUCUCAGAACCGGGUGGCGAGGCUCGGACCGGCACCCUGGCGCCCGGCGAGAGCACUGGGGCGCAGUAUCCGUCUCCUCCAGAGACUCUGGGCGCAUACACGAGCGUCCCGGGGCUCGUGGGUCCAGAGGAGCACUCGGGCUGGGCCUGCCCAGGCCCCCGAGCUCCGGCCUCCGACUCUUUCGGGGGUCCAGCCCUGGCCUUGACGACCCCUGAACCCAAGGCGCUGACGCUGCAGCCCGUGUACCCCGGGUCAGGCGCAGGCUCCUCCGGCAGCUACUUCCCGCGGACGGGGUUUUCAGUGCCCGCGGCGCCCGGGAACCCCUACGGGCUGCUGUCUGGGUACCCCACACUGUACCCUAUGCCGCAGUACCAGGGCCAUUUCCAGCUCUACCGCGGGCUCCCGGCGCCCACACCUGGCCCUGCCGCGGCGCCCUCCUUCCUGAGUUGUCUGGGACCCGGGACGGCGGGCGCUGGGGUAGGGACCCCCGCGGGAAACCCUGGAGAGAUGAGGCAAGUCGUGCCUGUCAAGCGCAGCCGGCGCUCGUGGGCGCGCAAGCGACAAGCGGCGCAUACGUGCGCGCAUCCGGGCUGCGGCAAGAGCUACACCAAGAGCUCCCAUCUGAAGGCGCAUCUGCGCACGCACACGGGGGAGAAGCCAUAUGCCUGCACAUGGGAUGGCUGCGGCUGGAGGUUCGCACGCUCUGAUGAGCUGACCCGUCACUACAGGAAGCAUACUGGGCAGCGGCCCUUCCGCUGCCAGCUCUGUCCGAGAGCAUUUUCGCGCUCAGACCAUCUAGCCCUGCACAUGAAGCGCCACCUUUGA